AUGCCACUGCUGGUGAGGGGAGGGGGAACUGUGGCUCAGCAUUGCCCAAGCCACCCACAUAACCCCGGUCCCCCGUGUGACCUGCAGGGCCUGUGGAGAAAUGAGCUGGGCUCCAAUAUGAUCAUAUUUGCCACGAACACAGCUGGGACCCUCUCAGGCUCCUACCAAACUGCAGUGGCAGCCACCAAAGAGCAGGUCCUGGUGUCACCCAUGUGAGGGGUCCAGCAGCAUCCCAGUGCCAAGAGAUGCCUCACCUUCAGCUUCACUGUGCAGUGGCAGCUCUCAGCUACAGCAGUGACAGUGAUCCUCUUGAUGUGGAACAGUCCACCUGGCCAGUGUCGCAGGGAAGUCCAUCUCUCUGUCCAGGGCAUGUUUGUCUGCCUGUCUGCCAGGACCAGGUGGCCCAGGCUUCCCUGUCUUGAGAUGCAGGUUCUCACCCUCCUCUUCCUCUCUCAAAGCUUGCCAGACUCCUCCACUGCCUUUGUGGGCUUCGUGGAUCACCAAGGGAAGGAGACCACGUGGCUCCUGUGGGAAGAGGUCCUGUCACACAAGGACACCUGGAAAGCCACAGCACCAGAAGCACCCAAAGACUUCUCUGAGUGGUCUGUGAGGCUAAAGCCAGUGCAGGUGGUUGAGGCUGGGAGCCCUGAACAGCAGGGCAUGAGGCCACUGAGAACCAUACUGGCCUAG